GUAAGUAAAUAAUAGAGAGAAGUAAAGUGUUCAAUCAACAUUGAAGAAAAAUGAGAGAAGUGUGGCAAGUUUCCCUUGCAGUUAGUUGCAUCAAGCUUCUCCUGAUUCCUUCUUAUCAUUCCACAGAUUUUGAAGUUCACAGAAAUUGGUUAGCAAUAACCUUCAGCAGACCAAUUGAACAGUGGUAUUAUGAGAAAACCUCAGAAUGGACGUUGGAUUAUCCCCCUUUCUUUGCAUGGUUUGAACAUUUCCUUGCCAAGGUGGCCUAUUACUUUGAUAGAGACAUGCUAAAUGUUGAGAAUCUGAACUAUGCUAGUGAGGCAACUGUACUUUUCCAGCGACUUUCUGUUAUUGUAACAGAUUUUAUACUGGUGCUAGCUGUCAAAAAGUUUUGUGCUUACAUGAAGACCUCUGUAUGGAAAAAAUCAAAAACUUCUGAUGAAAGUUUAUUCAACAAUAAAUCCUUGAUAUUUUCUGUCCUUGUUUUGUGCAACUUUGGACUCCUGAUAGUGGAUCAUAUUCAUUUCCAGUAUAAUGGGUUCAUGUUUGGAAUUCUUAUAUGGUCGAUGACAUGUAUGUUACAGGAUCAGUUCAUUUGGUCGGCUUUAUGGUUUGCUGUUCUGCUCAACUUCAAACACAUUUAUCUCUACAUUGCUCCAGCAUACUUCAUAUACCUUCUGAGAAACUACUGCUUUAAAGCAACAGGGGGAAGUCUCCAGUGGUCAUCGUUUUCUCCAUUUCGUCUCAUAACUCUUGGUUUUGUUGUUAUUUAUGUGUUUGCCUUGUCUUUUGGACCAUUCAUAUAUUUGAAACAAGUGCCACAAGUUUUGUCUCGGUUGUUUCCCUUUAAGAGAGGACUGUGUCAUGCCUAUUGGGCUCCAAACUUUUGGGCUUUAUAUAACUUUGUUGACAAAACUUUAACAAUAGUGGGGUCAAGGCUACAUCUGACAACAGGCACCCCCUCAGCUGUGAUGACUGGGGGGUUAGUACAAGAGUUCCACCAUGUGGUGUUGCCAUCAGUCCCUCCUGUGGUUACAUUGCUGGCUACAGUUACUUCUAUUCUGCCUGCCAUGUAUUACCUGUGGAGUAAGUCCAAGGGUCCGGAGGGCUUUGUCAGGGCAGUGGUACUGUGUGCUUUUGGAUCUUACUUGUUUGGUUGGCAUGUUCAUGAAAAGGCCAUUCUUAUCAUCAUUUUACCAUUAUGCCUGCUAGUGUUCAACAAGAGAGAAGAUGCCUCGAUUUUUCUGAUCCUUUCCACUACGGGACAUUAUUCCCUCUUUCCAUUACUUUUUACAUCAGCUGAAACAACAACAAAGAUUCUAUUGAUGCUAGCAUAUUCUGUGUUUGCCUUUUCUAGUCUAGGAUACAUAUACAAAUCAAAUUGGAGCUGGCGGUCCCUUCCUCUUCUUAAUUCACUUGAAUCCUUGUAUAUAGUUGGACUUAUACCAUUAGAAGUGUGGAACAGUGCAAUAUUUCCAUUUUUAGACUUUUCAGAACAGUUUCCAUUCCUACCUUUAAUGCUAACCUCAGUUUAUUGUUCAUUUGGUAUUGUAUAUUCCUGGAUCAAAUUUUAUAAAAUAACUUUAUUUGAUAGAAAAUUGAAAUCUCAAUAAAAAAUGAAAUCCAGCA